AACGAACCCCUGAUAGGGUUUCUAGGGUUUAAGACUCUUCCUUCUCUAGUUCAGUCACUCAUAACUCAUAAGUUUCCAAAUUUUUUCGUUAUAAUUGCCAUAAAUCUCUGAAUUCAGCAUGUGGGCACUACGUAGAGUAUCCAUUCCUAUCAAGAAUCGAGGAUUUAGCAUAUCCUCUCGAGUUUGCUGCUCUAAAACAGAAAUAGCAAGAUUUUACAUGGAUAAUCACAAGGCUGAAUUCAUUGAACCUCGAGAAGUACCAACUGAUGGUUUCCAUUUGCUUAAAAGAUUCCAUGACAAAUCAUCUAAUGUUCGGAAGUUAUCCAUCGAAUUUCGUGGUUAUUCUUCACUGGCUGACUCAAAGAGCAAAGAUGAAGAUGAUGACUUGGAGGAUGCUUUCUCUGAACUUGAAGGUCAUCCAACUGUCUCUGGUGCCACUUUAGAAGAUAAUGCUGAAGAUGAGAAUGGCGAUGAACUGAUUUCUGGGCCAGAGCUAUCUGAAGAGGUGCCUUCUGAUGACGACAUGCUAGUGACAGAAAAUGAGGUAGAGGUAUUAGAUAAUGAGACAAAUGUUUCAGAGAAGGUCUCUUCAAGAAAGAUGGGUACUUCAGCAUUGGCUCGUGCUAUCUUAGGUGCUCCAGCUUCAUCACUUGGAAAGUUUUUGGAUAAAUGGGUUGCUGAAGGUAAUGAAGUUACCCGGUUAGAAGUAUUGUUAGCCAUGCUUACUCUGCGGAAGCGGCGUUUGUACGGCAAGGCCUUGCAGCUGUCAGAGUGGUUAGAGUCUAAGAAGCUUCUUGACUUUGGCGAGAGAGAUUAUGCUUCUCGUCUUGAUUUAAUUGCCAAAGUACGUGGUAUCUACAAGGCUGAAAGCUACAUUCAGCACAUUCCUGAAUCGUUCAAAAGUGAAUUAAUUUAUCGAACUCUCUUGGCAAAUUGUGUUUCUGUAAGCAAUGUAAAGAAAACUGAGGAGGUUUUCAGUAAAAUGAAGGAUCUAGAAUUACCAGUGACAUGCUUUGCUUGCAAUCAGUUACUACUCCUGUAUAAGCGGGUUGACAAAAGGAAAAUUGCUGAUGUUUUAUUGUUAAUGGAGAAAGAAAAUAUCAAGCCAUCCCUCUUCACUUAUCAAGUCUUGAUUGAUGCGAAAGGGCAAUCCAAUGACAUUGCUGGGAUGGAACAAAUUGUUGAGACAAUGAAGGCCGAGGGGUUGGAACCUAACACCCAUAUUCAAUCAAUCUUGGCUCGGCACUAUGUUGCUGGUGGCCUAAAAGAUAAAGCUGAGGCUGUCUUGAAAGAGAUGGAAGGAGACAAUAUAGAGAAAAAUCGAUGGGCUUGCCGGCAUGUGCUCCCUCUUUAUGCCUCCCUUGGUAUGGCUGAUGAAGUUGAACGGAUCUGGAAAGUAUGUGAAUAUGAUCCACGUCUGGAAGAGUGUACUGCUGCCAUCGAAGCUUGGGGAAAGCUAAAGAAAAUUGAAGAAGCAGAAGCAGUUUUUGAUAAGUUGGAAAAAAAGCUGAGAAGUCCGUCUGUGAAACUUUAUUCUAUUCUGCUAAAAGUUUAUGCACAACAUAAGAUGUUGGCCAAAGGAAAGGACCUCGUCAUCAGAAUGGCUGAAAGUGGUUGUGCCAUCGGACCACUGACUUGGGAUGCACUUGUGAAGCUUUACAUUGAUGCCGGAGAAGUGGAAAAGGCCGACUCCAUACUGCAAAGGGCUGCUGAGAAGAAAAGUGGCAAACCAAUGUUUAGUUCGUAUGUGGCACUUAUGGACCAAUAUGCUAAGAGAGGUGACAUCCACAAUGCUGAAAAAAUGUUCCACAGAAUGAGACAAGUUGGGUAUGCCUCAAGAUUCCGGCAGUACGAGUCACUCAUUCAAGCCUACAUAAAUGCCAAGGCUCCCGCGUAUGGGUUCAGAGAGCGGAUGAAGGCUGAUAAUCUAUUCCCUAAUAAAUCAAUGUCUGCUCAGUUGGAUCAGGUAAAUGCAUUCAAAAAGACGGCAUUGUCAGACUUGCUGGAUUGAGGACAUAGCGCAUACGUAUAGCAAGUACUCCUAGACAAGCUUGUGUCAUAAAUUACAUGAUUGUUGAGAACUUUUAUUUUAUAUUCGAAGUAACAACUCAAUUAAUGAAAGCCUUUCAUUUGCUUGUCUUUUGCGCGAGUUUGAAUUUUGUAAUUGAGGUUCCCAACUUAAAUGUCAUUGCAGCAAACCUUUUUU